AUGUGGAAGAAGAGGCGGCUGAAAGGAAGACGAAAAGGCAAGGAGGGGGGAAGUAAGGGCGGGGUGACUGACGGCCAACGAGGGGCGUCGGCCCACGGCGGGCCCGCGCUGGCGGCGGCGUCGCGUCGCCAGGACGCGCGGGCCACGGCGGCCGCCGCGGCGGCGGCAGUGUUGGCCGUGGCACCGGCGGCGGCCGAAGCCAGAGCGCGCCACUCGGUCUCCGGGCCACCGACGGGAGUGGGAGCUCCGGCCGCGGCUCGCUCCAACAAGAAGCGGCUCUCGGCGGCGGUGCACGCGACCGCGCUCCCGCUCGACGCCGGCUUCGUCGGGGCUGCGGCGGGCAAGAAGCGCACGGCCUCGGUGCGUCCCGAGGUGAUGCUGGGCAGCGCGGCCACCCUGGUCGGCACGGGACCCGCGCCGCCUUCUUCCAACGCCGGCGGAGGAGGCGUGAUGGUGGUGGACGCGGCGGGCGCCAGGCGCGCCGGCGCGGGGGGGCCCUCGUCGACGAUGAUGCGGGGAGGUAGCGAGAGGGACCCGAACGUGCUCAGCGAGUACCUACAGGUGGAGUUCGACGACGUGUUCGCCGAGCCCGAGGGCACGUACUCGCUGAACGGCGUCUGGAAGGCGGCCACGCUCACCUUCACGCACACCAAGAACAUCUGCUACCGGGCGCUGAGCCUCCUGUGCGCCGUGCCCCUGGCGCUGAUCGUGGGCAUCAGCUUCGCGUGCCUGUCCUUCCAGCACAUCUGGUGCAUCGGGCCGGCCAUCCGCCACUGCCGCGUCAACUGCCACGUGGUUCGCCAGUACAUGCGCAUCAUCCUCGAGUCGUGCUGCGCGCCGUGCUUCUACGAGAUGGGCCUGGUGCUCAGCAGGAUCCGCGUGCAACACGUCCAGAACGGGGACAGGCACCACAUGGAGCCCAUCUAGUCUGGCGCAGGGCGGACGCCGGUCGCGGCGCGCUGGGCAGGGCGACGAUUGUAGGGAGUUUUAGCGAAGCGUUUGUACGGUCUUACCGUUACCGGUACCGGCGACAACGACUGCGCAUCCACAUAGAGAGAAAGGGAGAAACAACUUCAUUAAAGUGAAAACAAAUAUCAUGGAGGGAUGGGGGUCAGGCGGUGCUUGGCCGCCGCCACCUCCUCGCCUCGCUGAGUGGCCCCGGAGUCGCACGCCGAGGCUAGAGUCCCUCAGCAUGCACAUGCACAGAGUUUACCGGGCAGAGUCAUGGUAGUCGACAUCGGUAAUGGUAACGAUAAUACGGUAAUGCUAUGGUGAAUAAAACUGUUUCAUGCCACACUAACGUACCGUCAGCAUAAUUUUAACGAACGCUUAUGCAUAAUUACGUGAAAGUGCGACGCCUAGUCACUCUGUAGCCGCUUUCUAUGCAUGAAGAAGUCCUAAUUGUACGUUUUCGAAUUAAGCCACUGAUAUAGAUGUAGGUGAAAUUUCAAACAGAAUAAUGCAUUGGAGUAGUUUCGAAAUUGUUCGCGUUUGAAGCCUAUGCUUAUACUAAAGCUGCGGUUGAACGUGGCAGGGACUGGAGAAUUGGCGGUCGGUCAAAGAUUGCUUCCCGAGUACUAUUCGGAGGGGUAUCACCACAUCCCGUGCAUUGGGUGCACGCUAAAAACCCCAGGUGGUCCAAAUUAAUCUGGAGUCCCCCACUACGGCGUGCCUCAUAAUCAGAUCGGAAUUCGGGCGCGUAAAACCUCACAAUUAAAUUUUAAUUUUACGCGCACCACGUGACGUCAUGAACGUCUUGACUUAUUUACAGCUUUCCUAACAUAGUCGCAGACAAGUGGAUCAGUAUAAAUGGCACAAUUUUCCUAUGCUGGCUGUACAAAAUUGUAGCGGCCGCGAUAACGUCAAUGCAUACUCCUUCUAAACUUGGCUGUUACGUGUUACCGUCGAAACGACAAGUUUUUUUUUUCUCUUUAAUACGCGCCGUACACGAACGUAGCGAGGUAGACGGCGAGCAAAGCUCGUGCCGGUCCCAUCUCCCUCACUCUCCACGAGACACUGUCAAACCAUUUCUCGUCCCAUUACCAUGCUACAGAAAGCGAGGUUCCUUGUAUUCCCUCCGCGCUCGAUUAGACAAAAGGUUCUUGGCUGCGCCUCUAACAUUGUGGCGCGUUCUCCAGCUUGACUUAACAAAGCUGAAAGUCUACUCCAUUGUAAGCCACUUGACUGCAGUUUCAGAUUUUCAAUGCUAAUUAACUGUUCCUCGCCCUGUUGAAUGACGCUACAUUUAUCAUCGAAAAGAGCGUCGACUGUCCGGUGCUGCGCGCGACCAGCAUGUCUCGUACCUACCAUGUGUGUUCUGCUUCAGCGUAGGUGAAGCUAAGGGCAUUGCGUUGCGAUCACCGCCAUAGUGUAUUAGCCUUCGGACUCGAGUGUUCUCUUGCAUUGUCUAAGCAGAUGCCCAUGAGAUGCCCUCAGAUUUGGAUAUAGUCAACCCGCUUGACUAGCAGAAAACAAAAGAUGCCAGCUUUCCUUCUUUCUUCCUUUCUUCCUUUCUUUCUUUCUUUCUUUCUUUCUUUCUUUCUUUCUUUCUUUCUUUCUUUCUUUCUUUUCUCUUUCUUUCUUUCUCUCUUUCUUUCUUUCUUUCAAAGAGGCAUCUGAAGAGUCGGCGCAUAUAUGGCGUCUGAAUAAGUUCCACUAUAAGAAAUGAACACCUUCGACCCCCUUGGAAGCAAAACAAAACGUGUAAUUCACACCUUUGGUAUCCGUUUUUACCAGCCGUUGAAAAUUAAAUAAAUUGCAGAUAACCACGCUUUAUGCAGCUAGGAAGACCGAGCGCUAAUCAGUUAAAACUCAAGUUCUGUCAACCGUGUUUUUAUCUUUAAAAUACUCAUGGCGUCCGACCAGCAUUCUUUAUGUGCCCUAAAACAGCCCUCAUCGAAUGCCUAGAGAAAUAUCUUAGCCGAAAAGUCCUGAUGGUUAGACUGUAUACCUAAGCCUUCAGCUUCACCUACGAAGAAACAGAACCUAGAUAUCGUAUCGUCACCUUGUUGAAUGUCGUCAUUCAGCUCGACUUAUCGUAUUUACACAUCUACUCAAGUAACCGGUGCAUGUGUCACACUUGUUUUGUACACAGGGACCAAACACGUCAAUCAGCCUUUCAUAUCUUGUUUUCAGUGCCUGAGAGCAGCGCCAUCAAUGUAAUGUCCUUUCUUCGCUGCUGUGACUGUAACAAAAGGCGACAUUUACCGAACUUUUCCUUGUGUAACUGUAGUUCGGAUUCUAUCACGAAGUUUUGCUUUCUGAGCGAUGAGGGGUGGGGGGCAGGCAUUUCGGAAGUCAUGUCUGUAGUCAUUGCCCCAGUGAUUUCAUCGGAGUUUGUGUGAAGUUAGCAGUAUUAGUAUUCCCGUGGGUGGCACGAUGUUAUCAAUAAGUUGCUUAAACAAGAAUUCAUCUUAAAGCCCACAAUUACGCCUUUUCAUUUCGAUGGAGGAUUCUUAAAUGACGUAGUGUUUUAUAUGUAUUAUACUUACACUGUAAGGCCUGUUAUCUGAAAGAAUAAAUAUAUGUACUCUUGGAUAGCUAAAACAUAUCGUAUUCUCCACAACUAAUUACAUGUUCGUCCACAUAAUGCAUCUUGAAUACAAUGUUUAAUUUAUUCUCUUUUUUUCUAUCAUGCAAGCCAUUUUGUGCGUGUUAGAUAUACAAAGAUAUAUAAUAAAUGAAAGAGAACAUGCACUAUUACUACCUACGCUCUCUUAAAGCGAAUCAUUUUUAUUCUUGUGAAAGCAAUCACGUGAAAUGAGAUGAUGCGCAACCCUUUUUGGAUAACGUGCACGGAAUGGGCGCCAUUGGCAAUAAUAGCCGUAUGAUGCUACAAAGUAUAUUGAACGGUGGUAAAAUUCCAUCCACGUGGUUUCCACACUUAUCUCUCUCUGUCUCUCGCUCCUCACUUAUUUUUUUCUGCCCUUAUCUUAGUGUGAGAGAUUAGUCAAUUCGAUUGCGCGAAGGAUAAUUUACCGCACACUUUCGUCAGAAAUCAGCACUUAUUUUGCUAUCCGUCGCCUUUAAACUAAGCGAAAUGGCUGUAUUGUCUUCGCUUACAGAUGUGUUUUAUAUUCAAGUGCUAGCACAUUCCUUUGCUUCAUUCUUACCUCGCUCGUCUCCCAACGUGCAUAUGAUGAGCAACUUGAACUUAGUGCCGCAAUCGAACAGUUGCUGUUUAGACGAGUUUCAGAAAACAAUCUUUUCAGAGUUCGUACAUUCGAGGAAACGCUGUUUGAAGUAUUUAAUUUUGUUACGACAGCUGUUAGCUAUCAAGGUUCUGUAAAAGAAAAGAAAAAAGACAAGCCAAUAUCAUUGCGUCUUAACGUUGUUUCUGCUUCACUUUUAAUUAUUGUCUCAAAUGAGCUGUGCUUCACUAUUUCGUGCCUUGAGACUGCAUGCCUUCACUAACAAGGCGCUGAUUGAGGUUAGUAUUACGGAAAGUUGAUCAAGGACGCAGUAGUCGUGUGAUACGAUUCUGCGCGCGAUCUCACUUUGUCCCUGUAGCACCAACAACCGCAAGUUCCCAUCCCAUUACGGCAGGUUCCUACAAGGUUGAACCUGCUUCAAUGAGUUAUAACGGGUUUCAACGUUCGGGGCAGCCGUUUUUCAACAUUGCGGUGAUAAUGCGCCUCCUAAGACAUUUCUUUUUUCUAGCACUAUUGAACGGCACUGCAUACACAAAAAUGUACGCAGUUAACUAAAAGCCCCAAAGCUGAAUAUUUGCGGCAGAAGCGGGCAUGCGACUUGCAUUUUCUUUUCGGGUAGAUGCAAUAUUCUGAGUGCAUACCACUAUAGGGGUUUCUCUUUUUUGUUGUUGUUGUUUUUCUGAAAGAUUUGUCUUUACCCAGAUAGGCACCUAGUUUGGUGCAUCUAGUCAUUUUGCGUGUCUUCAACGGAGUACGGAGUGUAUCACUCUCGAGUAUGUAUAUUACCCCGUGUCAUUUUAUUCUUCAGAAAUGUAUAACCAUUCCCUUGCAAUGUGACAGCCUCCGGCUGCUCUAUAUAAUUACUCAGGAUAACGGGCAAUUUCCGCUUGGAAUGAUAGCUUAAAGCCUUCUAUAUGCCUUAUGAAACGUAGCUGUGCGCCUGCGAUGCAGAAGGUACGUACCGAAAACAUUUUGAAAAGCAUUUUGCAAUGGCUACAAGUAUACAUUUACGUGGUUCUCGGUUCGUGGGAGUAAGUGCUUAUAAUGGUACGAAAGGCAAGCGUCAAAUUUGCUGCCAUAACAUAAUUUCGUAUAUAUUUUUUAUUUUGUCGAGCAAAACCGAAAUCAUUUUUGUUUUGUUCGACUGAUAAGUGCAAUCUUACUUUAAAAAUAGUUUUAGUGUUUCUCACCAUAAUAUUAUAGCAUAUAGAGAUCACAUUGUUUAUAGUAGUGCAAAUAAAAUAAAUAUUUGGUACAACCAACCAAUUUACGUUUUUAACCUUUGUUGUUAGUGUACACCGAAACGUCAGAAAUGUUUACUGCUAUGGCCUUACAGGCAUGUGUCCUAGAUGAGCCCUUGUGAGCGACACUGAAAAUCUCGAUACAUUCACACAUCUUGAAAAAUGCUUGUGUGGUGGGUGAAGCCUGUACAGAGCUGUGAAGCUGUUUUCUUCAUAUUUCAUACUGCUGCAAUGUCCCGUGUCGCCACGAUUUGUACUGCAAUAAAGAUGAAUGUUAUAU